AUGGCAGAAACGUCAGGUGCACGCUCGGCGCCUAAGACGGCGUCGGAGACGUACCAGAAGCUGAGCCAGCUUGAGCAUGUGCUCAAGCGACCUGAUACGUAUAUUGGCAGUGUGGAGAAGCGAACAGAGACGAUGUGGGUGUACGACGCGGUGAAGGAACGUAUGGCGUACCGUGAUACGACCUAUGUGCCUGGCUUCUACAAGGUUUUUGAUGAGAUCUUGGUGAAUGCGGCUGACAACAAAGUGCGCGAUCCUACCAUGGAUUGCCUCAAAGUCACGAUCGAUAAGGAAGCUGGCUCCAUUUCUGUAUGGAACAAUGGCCAGGGUAUUCCUAUUGAGGUGCACGAGAAAGAGCAAGUGUACAUUCCUGAGCUGAUUUUCGGUAACCUGCUCACAUCGUCCAACUAUGACGAUGAUGAAGACAAGAUCACGGGUGGUCGUAAUGGUUUCGGUGCUAAGCUGACCAACAUUUACUCGACGGAGUUUAUUGUUGAGACGGCCGAUAAGCAGCGUGAGCUGAAGUACAAGCAAGUGUUCAGUGAGCACAUGCACAAAAAAGACAAGCCAAAAAUCACGAAGAACUCACGCAAAGAAGAGUAUACGUGCAUCACGUUCAAGCCGGACUUGGCGUUGUUCCAUAUGGACUCGAUUGAUGCCGACACUGAAGCGCUAUUGAUGAAGCGUGUUUAUGAUAUGGCUGGUACGGUGCGUGGCAUCAAAGUGUACCUGAAUGGCGAGCGUCUAAAGAUCCGCAACUUUAAGCAGUACGUCGAGAUGUAUGUGCAAGCGAUCCAGGAGAUCAGUGGUGUGCCCAAAGGUGAAAGUGAGGAGGGCACUGAGGGCCAACCAGCUAUGCCUCGCCCUACGAUUGUGUACGACUCGCAAGAGGAUCGUGGGCGUGUGUGGGAAGUCGGAUUUGCCGUGUCGGACGGCACAGCACGCCAAGUGAGUUUUGUCAACAACAUUGCUACGACGAAGGGUGGUAAGCAUGUGGACCAUGUCGAGGCGCAAAUCGUGAACCGCAUUCUGGAGCACGUCUCGAAAGGCAAAAAGAGCGCGUCGGUGAAGUCGAAUCAGGUGCGUCAGCAGCUAUGGAUCUUUGUCAACUGUCAGAUUGUCAACCCGACAUUUGAUAGCCAGACCAAGGAAACAAUGACGCUGAAACCUUCUUCCUUCGGCUCAAAAUGGACGAUGCCGGACGACUUUGCGCGCAAAGUGCUCAGGUCGGGCGUGAUUGACAAUGUGCAGUCGAUUGCGCAGUUCCAUCAGGACCGCCAGCUGCAGCAGACGGAUGGACGCAAACGCACGCGUGUAUCUGUGAUGAAGCUGGAAGAUGCGAACUGGGCCGGCACGAAACGCAGUGGCGAAUGCACGUUGAUUCUUACAGAGGGUGACUCGGCUAAGGCGCUUGCUGUCUCUGGCUUGAGUGAGGUCGGUCGUGAUGCCUACGGUGUGUUCCCACUGCGUGGUAAGCUGUUGAAUGUGCGAGAAGCCUCGCAUGAUCAGAUUAUGAAGAACACGGAGAUCAAGAACAUCAAAGAGAUUCUCGGUCUGCAGCAUGGCAAAGUGUAUUCGUCUGUGGAUGGUUUGCGAUAUGGCAGUUUGAUGAUUAUGACGGACCAGGAUUUCGAUGGCUCGCACAUCAAGGGACUUAUUAUCAAUUUCCUGGACCACUUUUACCCUUCGCUCCUGCAGAUUCCCAACUUCUUGGUGGAGUUUAUCACGCCGAUUAUCAAGGCGACGAAGGGCCGCGAGGUGAAAGCAUUUUUUACCAUCCCUGAGUACGAACAGUGGAAGGAGAGCAGCGAUGGUGGGCGUGGCUGGACGAUCAAGUACUACAAGGGUUUGGGUACGUCCACGGCCGAGGACAUGAAGAAGUAUUUCCGUGAUAUGGACACGCACCUUUUGGCGUUUGAGACGACGCGGGCUGGUGAUCGCGACUUGGUCGACUUGGCCUUUAACAAGAAGAAGGCGGACGACCGAAAGGAGUGGCUGCGGCAGUUCGUACCUGGCACGUACUUGGACCACCGGAUCCGCCAGAUCCCCAUUUCUGACUUUAUCAACAAGGAGUUGAUUCUGUUCUCGAUGGCGGACAACAUUCGCUCGAUUCCCAGUAUGGUGGAUGGUCUCAAGCCGGGUCAGCGCAAAGUGCUGUAUGGAUGUUUCAAGCGCAAUUUGAAGACGGAAAUCAAGGUGCAGCAGCUGCAAGGUUACGUCUCGGAACACACGGCGUACCACCAUGGCGACCAGAGUCUGGUCAUGACGAUUGUCGGGUUGGCGCAGGACUAUUGUGGUAGCAACAACGUGAACCUUCUCUCGCCGAAUGGUCAGUUUGGUACGCGUAGUAUGGGCGGUAAGGAUGCCGCCAGUGCGCGUUACAUUUUCACGGCGGUGCCACGUAUUACACGCAAGCUUUUCCAUCCGAAAGAUGAUGCGUUGCUGAACUACUUGGACGACGAUGGCCAGAGUAUUGAGCCGGAAUGGUACGUGCCUGUCGUCCCGCAAGUGCUUUUGAAUGGAGCGGAGGGUAUUGGUACGGGCUGGAGUACGUUUGUCCCGAACUACAACCCGCGCGAUGUCGUGGCGAACCUGCGUCGACGCAUGGUCGGGGAAGAGUAUGUGCCGAUGCAGCCGUGGUACCGUGGAUUUACCGGUACGAUUGAGCAGACCUCGCCGGACCGAUUCCGCGUGAUGGGCCGUGCGACGCAGGUGGACGAGCGUACGUGGGAAAUCACGGAGCUGCCUGUGCGUGUGUGGACGUCUACGUACAAGGAAUGGCUGGAGGAACGUGUCGUGGGCAGCGACAAGGCGCCAUCGACGAUACGUGAGUACAAAGAGUACCAUACCGAUACGACGGUGCACUUCGUGGUCGAGCUCAAUGCGCAUGGCCAAGAAGAGCUGGAGCGGGUCGGCCCUGAUGCGUUCUUCAAGCUGUCGUCGGUGUUUAGCACGGGCAAUAUGGUCCUUUUCAACCCGGAAGGCAAGAUUAAGAAGUACGCGACGCCGCAGGAGAUUCUGGACGACUUUUACUUCUUGCGUCUGGGCUACUACCAGCGCCGGAAGGAGCACCUGGUGGAUCAGCUGAAGCAAGUGUACGAUCGCCUAUCGAAUCAGGCGCGUUUCGUGAGUAUGAUCAUUGCCGACGAGCUGCGUGUGUCGAACAAGAAGAAGGCGGCCGUGGUCGACGAGCUUCGUGCGCUGCAGUUCCAGGCGUUCCCCAAGACGGUGGCCAAGACGAAGAGUGUCACGGACCAGGUGGAAGAGUCGCCGCCGGAUGCGGAAGAGCAAGCGGAGGCCGAUGUGGGUGGCACGACCGACUUUGACUACCUGCUGAGCAUGUCGAUUUACUCGUUGACCAAGGAGCGUGUGGAUCGCCUGCUGAAAGAGCGCGAUGAGACGGAGGCGCAGUUAAAAGUGCUGCUGGGCCGCUCGCCGCAGAACUUGUGGGACGAGGACUUGACGGCGUUCCUUGAGGAAUGGGAAGCGAUCCUCGCUGAAGACGAGCGCAAGGCGCAGCUGACGACGAAGAGCGUCGCUGUGCAGCCGAAGAAACGUCGUGCGCCUGUGAAGCAUAAGACCAAGGAGGAAAGCGCGUCGCCUGUGAAGAAAGCGCCUGGGCCGAAGAAGGAGUCGACGCCGAUGCCGACGCCGAUGCCGCUACCGCCCACCAAGCAUGAACGGCCAGACGACGGCGACGAUGAGCUGAGUCUGCCGCCGCCCAAAGUCGCACGGGCUACGGCGCCCAGCGAAGCACCGGAGACGGCGAAGCCCGCUCCCAAGGCGCGUGCGAAGGCACCUGCGAAGCCACGCGCGAAAGCUACGACGGCUCGGAGCCGCGGCAAGGCCAAGGCCGAGCUGGACGAGGACGACGAGCUGCUUCUGGUGGACAGUGCCGCGGCGGUAGAAAGCGAGCCGCUCCCACCACGCCGCACGACCAGCAGUCGCGCAGCAGCACGUAAGCGGCCGACGUACACCGUGGACUCGGACGACGACGAGGACAUGCCGCCGGCAAAGGACGAUCCCAACGAUACCAGCGUCGCGUUUGACGAUGUGGAGGCGCUCGAUGACGACGACGAGGACGACGACGAGUACUAUCGGUAA